UAUGAGUGGUGAUAUUAUUGUUUUUAAAUUGAUAGCCUUCAUGUAUAAAUUCCCACACGACACUUGUAAUGUAAUGUACAUCACCUCCUUGUGAAGCUUGAGCCAAACGUCAGGGGUUAAUGAGCAUUACAUCUCUGCUCCAAACUCUUAACUUUGCUACCUGAUCAAUAGAAGGAAAGUGGGAUGAAUUUCCCUGCUUCUGGAUGUUUCUGUGCAAUAAGGAUAUGUUCCUGUGAAGCUGAUGUGUGCGCGUGUGAGUAACUACGUACAGACGGAGCAAUAGUCUGUCCUCAGUCCAACAGAAAGCUCUGAUGCUGCUGCUGCUCCUCCGCAUACCGACACACCGGCGCAGCUCCACCACGGGACAGCGAGCACAUUGCCAGUGAGGUGCUGUGAAGGUUAUUGAUCUGAUCGGACGGACUCUCACCAAUCCGCCAUGGAGCUGCAGCUGUUAGCCACCGUCUGCAUCCUCUUUAGCAGGAUUGUGGUAACACAUCAAAAUACUCACAUGAACUGGUUUUAUACGCUUCUGUUCGCUCCUCGUGGGCCUCAGAUGUUUCCGUGUCUAACGUACCUGGAGCGAAAUGUGCGGGUGGACUGUGAGUUCCCCCCCACCUACCAGGUGCCCGGGCCAUACUGCGAGUACCGGCAGGACAGCCGCCUGGUGGGCAGCACGUUCCCCAACGCCGUGGUCUACGUGUCCACAGAGGACCGCCGGAGGAGCAACGUCAGCCUGGUGUACCCCAACCUGUGCCGCCUCACCUGGGCCCCGCUGGCCGAUGAGAAGCCCUUCACCUACACAUGCAGGGUGUACCAGGGGGAUAAGUGGCUGGAGAACAGCAUGGCCGUCCAUCACAGGAUUCUUCCAAUCUGCUCUGCGAUCAGCGUGAUGUUCAAGUCCUCGCCAUGGUAUUUGUCCCUGCUGAUGACACUUCCUGUCGCUCUGGGUCUUCUGAGUCCAUGAACUUUCACAUGGUAACGCCUCAAUGGCCGCUUCCUACAUGAUUUGUGACUCACUGGUUUUCUGGUUGACUCUAUGAAGACUUCUCAAUACUCUAAUUUCCCCUCCUCGACUCCCCUCCUCGACUCCUAUCCUCGACUCCCCUCCUCGACUCCUAUCCUUGUGUCUUAGUCCCGCCCACAGGAGAUGCGAGCGGAGGAGUCGAGGAGGGGAACCGAGGAGA